UUUACACAGUAGUUCUUUGACACUUCCGGUUGUGCCGGUCAUGGAGGAUAAAUCCAACGUGAUCAAACUGAAUCACCGCUAUUUUCCAGCUCUUGGAUAAAAACUUAGAGAAUAUUUCAUGUAUGGGAGGUGAAUAUAGUCACAGCUGUGUGUUCGUUCAUUUAGUGUGAGUUUAGUUGGGUGUUUUUGUGUUUGUGGCGUCGGGGGGACUAUAACCUUGAUGCAGCUGGAGAAGAAGUAACCGUCCUGAAGAAAACAUGGCAGGUGUUUGUCGUGGUUUGAGCUCCUUGUCAACACAGAUUCUGACAAAAGCUGCACUUUCACCCCGCCCGUGGUUUGUGUCUACACGCAGCAAGUUUUACAAAUCAAGGAUCCCAAAAGAGCUCUUUGCAGAGAGGUCAAAAGAACAUGAGAAAUAUGGAGGAGAUCCAGAGCAACCUCAUAAACUGCACAUAGUGACUCGAAUCAAAAGUGUGAUGCGGAGACCGUACUGGGAGAAAGAGAUGGUGAGAGAUCUGGGGCUUGAAAAGGCACACGUCCCUGUGAUACACAAAAAUACUCCUGCAGUUAACAACCGACUGAAAUUUGUAAAGCACCUGGUGAGAGUCCAGCCUCUGAGGACGCCCUAUGGACUCCCUGCUGAGCAGGACAUGGCCGAGACUUUCAUUAACAGCAAGGGAGAGCUGAUUGUCCGUCGCCUCCUCCAACCUGUAGAACCCAAGGCCAUUGAAUCCUAGCCUUACUCUCACUAAGUGAAUAAGUCAGUUGUACAUAAAUAUCAUGUAAAGAAGUUUCUCCAUGUGUACCAGUUCAGAUUCCACUUCUGGAAAGUAGCUGACUAUGGGUCUGCAUAAUGAAGCAGGAACAACAGGAUUAUAAAGUAGACUGAUUAAUUUUGCUGUGUAAAAUCUGUCUGUGUUGCAGGUUUGAACAGGUUCCUGUUUUACUCCGUAAAGUUAUUGGUUUGUUUAGUCUAUUCAUCAGUCUAUGUCAGUUUAAAUAGCUCCAUAUUAAUCACACAUUUCCAUGACAGUUUAGAAACAGGGGGUUGCUCAUUUUCUAUAUAAAACCCACUUUAUACAAGCUAAAAUUAAAAAACCUUUAAAAAGAAAAUACAUGUAUCUUUUUGAUUUUGGUGUUUUUCUGUGUCACCUUCUCCACAAUGGUUCUAUUAACUUUUUCAGAUACCAGUUAAAGCUUUUUUACUUGUACAGGUGUUCGCACAUAUUUCAUAUAACAAGAUACAAUAUCACACAAUCCAUGUAUUCGCUGUAGUUUCUAAUCCUCCAGAGGAGUGCGAGAGGCUGCAGCUGCUCCCAGCUAACAUUGGAUAGGAAGCGGGGUGCACCCUGGGUAAUCACAGCUGAUGUGUGGAGACUGUUCCCACAACAUGACUUUCCAGAAAAUAAAUAAGUCUGUUAGGCCCAUAGUACCACU